CCCGGCCCGGCCCCGCCUGUCCCGGCCGCGCCGCUCGCUCCGCGCCUUCGCCAUGGCCUUCGCCACCCGCUACUUCGUGCGCGCCGCUUCCUCGGACGCCGCCACGGCGGCCGCCAAGAAGCUGCUCAUCAAGCAUGUCACGAUCAUCGGCGGCGGCCUCAUGGGCGCCGGCAUCGCCCAGGUUGCCGCAGCCAGUGGUCACACUGUGGUGUUAGUUGACCAGUCAGAUGAAAUCCUUAAAAAGUCUACAAAAGGAAUUGAAGAGAGUUUGAAGAGAGUGAUAAAGAAGAAGUUUGCAGAUAAGCCUGAGGCUGGUACUGAGUUCAUUAAGAAGACCUUGAAGAACCUCACAACAAGCACAGAUGCAGCAUCAGUGGUCCACAGCACAGAUUUGGUGAUAGAAGCCAUUGUGGAGAACCUGGAAGUUAAAAAUAAACUCUUCAAGACGCUGGAUAAGUUUGCACCAGAGCACACAAUAUUUGCAAGCAACACUUCAUCCUUGCAAAUCACAAAGAUGGCAAAUGCAACCACCAGGCAGGAUCGAUUUGGUGGUCUUCAUUUCUUCAAUCCUGUGCCUAUGAUGAAGCUCGUGGAGGUCAUCAAGACUCCAAUGACCAGCCAAAAGACUUUUGAAUCACUUGUGGAUUUCAGUAAAGCAGUAGGAAAGAGUCCUGUCAGUUGUAAGGACACUCCUGGGUUUAUUGUAAACCGUCUCCUGGUGCCAUAUAUGAUGGAAGCGGUUCGUCUUUAUGAGAGAGGAGAUGCAUCAAAGGAAGAUAUUGAUGUUGCUAUGAAGCUUGGGGCUGGCUAUCCCAUGGGUCCAUUUGAACUGCUGGACUAUGUUGGGUUGGAUACCAGUAAAUAUAUUAUAGAUGGGUGGCAUUCAUUAGAGCCCAACAAUCCUCUUUUUGCACCCAGCCCACUCCUGAAUAAACUGGUAGAAGAAAAGAAGCUGGGUAAAAAGACUGGUGAAGGAUUUUACAAAUACAAAUGAACUCCAGACCUGAAGAGGUGUUAAACUAUCUGUAUAUGCUAUUCAGCAUUGCCAUAAUACAGGUGUUUAAACCUUCCCAAGGGUGGCACGAGCUGCGUUUAGAACAUAACUCACUUGUGAACUGAGUGAUUGCACUAGUUAACUAUGGUCAAAGCUUGAUUUGGUAGAUUUUUUUUUUUUUUGUAAUUCCAAAAAAGCUUUCAAUAUACAGUGCCUUCCUGAAAUGUUGAUUUUUCUCAGGUGCAGUACAGAAUGAUAAGUGAAUUUAUGUAUUUGAAACGUUAUUAUAUUGAUGGGGAAAAUCGUAAAAGUAACCUCACUUUCUUAAAAAUAAAACUUUCAACAAUUUUG